GAAUUCGUCAUAUAACCAGCCAAUCAGCACUUACGACAAUCCGUAAUUAUUUGCGAAGAAAGUCGAAAGUUCCCGAACAGCUUCGUGAUAUUGAGGAGUGUUGAUUUUAUUUCUGAUUUUGACAGAUGACGUUUAUCAGCAAUGGGUGAAGCAACUUGAUAUACUACUGGCACAGUAGUAAACCGGUUUCUAGCAUAGUCAAUACCUAUGCCGGUUGUCUCUUAAACGUUUUACUAUCAAGUAAUGGAAAAAAUCUGAUAAGAAACACAAUGGCCUCCGCCGCAGAACAGCAGCAACAACAACAACAACAACAGACCACCCUGGAGUUUUACCAGGCAAUGGCUGAUUUUAAGAAUAUGUUUCCACAGAUGGAUGAUGAUGUUAUCGAGGCAGUUCUCCGAUCCAAUCAGGGUGCAGUGGAUACAACGAUCGAUCAGUUACUGACUAUGAGUACAGACAACGAGAACGAAAAGAUACGCAGUGAAUUAGAACAAAAUGAAGAUUCAAAGCCAGCUAAAGCAGACUCAGCAAAAUCUUUGCGUAGUAUGCACAAGUGGCAACCACCUCUGCUUGGACCACUACCUGACACAUUUUUAAGAAUUCCACAACAGUUAGAUGCCUCAGAUGGUUCAGAAACGAGCUGUGUUCCUGAUAGUUCAAUGUUGGAGGAUGAGCGUAUUGCAAUGUUUCUACAGAACGAAGAGUUCAUGGCUGAACUUCGCUGGAACGAAGACUUCCUUUCCACUCUCGAGAAUGACGCUAAACUCCAAGAAACUGGUGUUGAAAAGUCUGGCGGACCGACUGUUCAUGAUGACGAGGAUGUGUUCAAGGAGCGAUUAAGAAAUAUGGGCAAAGUGUCACGACGCAAGUUUGCGCAACUGACUAAAGUAUUUACGCGUAGCAAGAAACGUGGUGGACGUCAGCUGUUGCCACCGACAGCAUCUUGCGACGAUCUCUUAGAUCCAGAAGAAUCCUCUAGGCAGCAAUCUUAAGAAUCGUCACCUAUUACUCACGGUAAUAAUACUUAAGCAUUCAGCUUAAUCCGUAAUUUCGGUGUCGUUUGCAACCAGGUCACAAUUUAUCUUUACUCGCGUAUUAACCCCUCGCGCGACACCGUCAUACUCAUACUACUUAUAACAUAACAUAGCAUAACAUAUCGAUAUUGAAAAAAUCAUUCCCAGAGCCUAGUGAAAGUGUUACUACUAUUCAGUGACAUAAUAAAAACUAGUAUAAUCUCUCGCGAAUUUAUAAUAUAUAAAAUAGAAACGAAUAGCAAUGACAAGAGAUACAAAUCUAAAAAAAAAAGUGAAGAUCUCUGUAUUAAAAUAUCGAAAGAAUCUCGUGUGAAUCUCAGUCACUUAAGUAUGAGGGGUUAAUCGAAGCCGUUAAUUGACUAUGUUAAUCAAAUAAAUGCUUUGCGCUAUUACGUGAAAGACGUGCUACAUUGAGCAAUAGUAACAUUAGAACUUUUAGGUCAUUUUAAUUCGCGAGAUAACUACCAAUCACUAAUGUAAUCAGUACCGCCGCGUAGUCCUUAGCCCUACUGUAAUACGUUAACUUAAAAAUAUUCCGUGAGUGAAUAAUCGUGCAUAGGAGUUUAAUGAUCUUGGAACAUCCGAGUAACCAUUAGCAGCUCGACCUAGUCGGAAACUUCUAGUCACAGGACCUAUUAAUGUAAUUACACGAUGUCUGUCAUGUAAUAUAUAUAAACAUUGUUGCUAAGUAUAUUUAUAUGACUAGUGUAUAGAUAUUUAUAUAGUACAAGGAAUAUAAGUAUAUAAAGUAUAUAGUAUAAAAUAAAAGAAACCAAAGACAAGAAGAGUCGGAUGUCGAAAAGUA